AUAGAGAGGUAGUCUAAGAAAAAAACGUACCUAUUAGUUUGACAUCCAAAGCAGAUGGCGUCCAAUGCUCCGUAUGUUUUGCGAUCUCUGAAUUGUCAAAAGUCAACUUUUGCACGUCAUGCACGAAAUUUUCUUAGAUCUUACGCAUCUUACUCAAUGUAUCUUUGCUAUACUAAACCAUGUCAUAUAGUGGCAGCGUCACGACUAAAAAGACGUUUUCCACUAAGUUAUAACAAAAAAAUUCAUUAUCUCUAAAACAAGAGAAGACAUUCUAGUCUCUAAAUGCGGGCAAAAAUACACAUGUAAAGUCUGUCGGGUUUAAUUUGAUCCACGGUGUAUAUUUUGGCAUGACUUACGCCAGUACUUGCAUCCAAAACUUUGAAAUGAAAGGGAUUAGUAUAAUUUUCCUGGUUCUGGUGACUGCCUUUUGUAUUUGCCAGACUAUACCGGGUGUGGCCUUUAAAUUAAUUUAACUGUAGGCUGUAUUCCUCAAACUUACCAACAUUUGUUUUUUUUUGCUCCUGUUGCAGGCCAAACCCGGUAUAUCAACUAUAUAUACUCUGGUACACCCAGUUUGUCAUUGGAAACUUUGUCCUCGUAGAAAAUCUUAAUUUCGCGUUUUUUUCUACUGACAAAUUUGGGUACGCCAGAGUAGGUAGAUUUUUUCUAUAGGUGUAUAAUUACCAUCGCCCAUAGAUACCUGCAACACCGAAGGGGUUGCAAGUGCGUUGCCGGAAUUUUAGAUGGGAGUACGCUCUUUUACUUGAAGGUUUGAAGGUCGUAUCGUUUCGGAAAUACCGCUUAUAAGUAUUUUGCGGUAGCUAAGUCUGUCAAGCCUUUUAAUCGGCUAUAGAGAUAUAUGGGACACACAAAACAAACAUUAUUUAAACGUCGUGCAAAAUCUUCAAUGAUUAAAAUCUUGCGAAAAUAAUAAUCAAGUUUUAGUCUGUUAAACAAUUUUGUCAGUAUAAUAAGGCGAAUUCAAAUUCGUAUUUCCUAUGGGACGAUAAGCGGAAGCCUACAGAGGAAAAUCACUACGGAACUCUAAAAAGCUUUGUUUCGUGCCCUUUUUAAUGAAAAUGGACAAAAUGAAAAUUUGCGCAACGACGCGGGAAUUUUGUAGCUGGCAACUCUGAAUUGUUGCUGUCAUUCAUACGUCAAAUUUGAUGUGCUCGAAAUCCAUUCCAAAUCAAUGCUGUAAAAAUCAUACACCCUAAUCCGUAAAGUAUGUAAGAUUACAGCCUGUUAGUCAAAAGAAGAAGAAGUAAAUUUUAAAUUUACUCAUAACAUAAAUAAUCUUAUAAGCUAAUAUUAGUUUUUUUUAUAUUAUACUAGUGAGAGCUUAUUGUAGUACUUAUGUCAACGAUUUGGAACGCAACUGCAUCGGUUCGUUUCUUGUGACGUUCGUUCUGCCUGUUUUUAUUAGUUCACAAUAUUGAAUGUUUCAUACUGGUUGAUGAGUCUUGUAAUUUAUUUUAAUUGAUAAACUUGUUUUUAAAUUUGAGUAUAUAACUAGUAUUGAUUUACGAAAGAUAAGUCUUGUUAAUUACCAUAUUGGGCAUACAACCUCAGUGUAAAUUAGAAAGUUUUAACAUGUUCUCUGCCCUUAAGAAAUUUGCAAAAGGCAACGAUGAACGCUGCACUGCUCCAGUACCCAUGUCCUCCUCUUUACAAAAGAAGUUUUCGCGUGGAGUUCACUUUAACAUGAAAAUAUUGAUUAAAGGCGACCGAAAUGUUGGCAAAUCUUGUCUGCUGCAAAGACUUCAAGGUGGACCUUUUAUAGAAGAAUAUGUACCUACUGACCAAAUUCAGGUGGCUCCUAUACACUGGACCUAUAAAAAUACUGAUCACAUAGUAAAAGUUGAAGUGUGGGAGGUAGUAGAUAAAGGUAGAACUAAGAAGAAAUCACCUCUGGGCUUGAAGUUAGAGAACCAAGCUUCUGUAGUCCAGGAUGAAGGUUAUGAGACUCCAGUACUGGACGCAACAUUUCUUGACGUGUACAAGAAUGCAACUGGUGUUAUACUGAUGCUGGAUAUCACCAAACCUUGGACAUUCGAAUAUGUCGUGAAGGAGUUGUCGCGGGUGCCUGCCGACCUGCCCGUGGUUGUGCUCGGCAACCACUGCGACAUGCAGCAUCACCGCCAGGUGCACCCACACCACAUCGAGCAGGCGCUUGAGCAGGCUAAGCUGAACAGGACGGCGGCAGUGCGGUACGCAGAGUCCUCCAUGAGGAACGGCUUCGGGCUGCGCUUGCUGCACAAGUUCCUCAGCGUGCCGUUUCUGCGCCUGCAGCGGACCAGCCUGCUGGAGCAGCUGCAGAGGAACCAGAAGGACAUGGAGGAGACUGAGAAGGAGCUGGAUGACUUCCAAAAUUCGGAAGAGUCCCACUACAAUCUAUUCCUGGACCGGCUCGCCAACAAGCGCCGUCAGAGCCAGGGCGCGCUUGAGCCGCGGCCGAGCAACGAGCGCUCGCCGAGCAUCGUGCUGGGCGCCGGCAAACCUAUCGUGCCGCCCGCCGUCAACCCGCUGUUAGCGCAGUCCCUGAACCCGUUGGGCAUAAAAGCGCAGCACGGAACGCCGACGCAGAGCCAGUACGUGAGCCCAGAGCUAACGAAAACCAGGCCUACUGUCAGCAUGGACUAUACGCCAUCCAUACUUAAGCUCUCGGAGAGCGAGCAGAGUACACCUUCAGGCGCCAAGUCCCCGUCGGGCACGUUGGACGAGUUCUACGCGGGCGCGCUGGAUAGCAGCUUCCUGGAUGAUCUCGCGCCUGCUUCCAAUCAGGAAGUCACUUAUGAGAGCGACAGUGAUGAUGAAACGACGAACCCAAAGGUGACUAUCGAACAAGACGACGUAGACAUUGACUACGCCGCGAUGAUCCAAGACCUAGCCUCAGAGCAGGUCAAGCCCUUGCCCGAGCCCCUGGAAGACCGGUUCACCCAACUGGACGUCAAAGAAUACUCGUCGCCCGAAGGUGAUGUGCAGUCCAUGGAGAAUGAGUUCCCGCUUUGGGCCGGUGACGCUAGCGCGAGGAGGUCACCAGAAGGAGGGGAAGAUCCUGACGUUGCUAAGGAAACUGAGGUCAAGACUGAGAAAAAACACAAAAAGAAGAAGUCUAAGGACAAAGACAAAGGCGAUUAUUCUGAGAAAUCGGAGAAGAAAGAGAGAAAGAAGCACAAAAAAACUAAGAGCGAAAAGAAGAUAGUAAAUCCACAGGCGGCUCUACUGGAUCCUACACCAGUCGACGGCUUCUACGACGAUGUCGAGUAUGACUCUCUAUGAAUUAAACGUUUUUGCUUGACAUUUGUAAAGAGAGUCUGUUACAACGAAUAACGGUGGCAUAUUGAGAUAGAAUGUGCGCAUACGUUGAAGAAACAUCUGUAGAAUAUUUCCUACAUAAUUAUGGAGUCAUUCCGAAGCGCACAACUUUACUGUCUUAUGAGCAAAGGGAAAUUGAAAGGGUUUUCAAAAGUUAUGUUUGACGACCGAUCUACCGCAGAAAUUAAGACGCUACACAGCGCCACCUACUGCAACAACUAGAAGACACGAUCCUUUCUUAGACUAAAUUAUAAGCAAUACUCACUAAGAGCAAUGCAGUAAAUCGUUGGAAAUGAUGCACGUGCAUACGAGUCACCGUUUGUCGGAAUUGCGCCAAAUGAAUAAUAAUAUAUGAAUAGUAAA